AUGCUGCCGAUCGAGGGCCCGAAGCAAGUCCUGUGUCGCCAGAUCGCCGAGACGAAGCCGUACUGCGUGGCCGUCCACGCGAAUACGGCUGGCCAGGCUGGCGAGCUACGGGCUGUGAUCAACGACGUUUUGAUGUUGAUGCCGGGCUUGAAGAAGCUUUGGCUGCACUUCGGCCGUGAGAUCUUGGAGACCAAGUGCCUAGUUGACGUGAAGACGCCCACGAUCGUCGUCUAUAUGGCAGUGAUGAAAGAAGUGCCUGGCAGUGCUGACAACUACCACAAAAAGUACGAGCCAAUCCCCGAGGUGCUCGAGCAGUUCAACCACACGCUGGUCCCCACAUUGCAAACCAUCAUUACGCAAUGGGAAAAUCGAGAACGCGAAAUUGACUACAUCGUGCUGAAGGCGCAGAAAGCUUUUGGCAGCGACGGCAACGACUGGCGCGAUUUGGACAAGGCUUCGCAAUACAGCAAAAAAUGCCUCCAACAACUGUACCGGCAAGCCCUGCUGAAACUGGUGGUCGUCCUCGUCACCGGAGCCUCGGGCUACGUCGCCUUGCAUUGUGUAAAUCAGCUAUUAGCUGCUGGAUAUAAAGUCCGAGGGACGGUGAGGAGCAAGAGGAAUGAGCAGAAGGUAGCGCCUCUACUCCGAUUGCCACACGCUAGCGAACGCCUUGAACUCGUCGAGGCCGAUUUGUUGAAGCCAGAUGGUUGGGACGAAAUUGUCUCCGGCUGUACGUACGUACUUCACGUAGCCUCGCCAUGGCCAAUUGUAGCUGAUGAAUCUACAGUCAAAACUGCCGUCGAUGGCACCCUAUGCGUACUCCGAUCCUCAGCCCGGUGUCCCAGUGUCAAAAAAGUUGUUCUGACCAGCAGCUGCUCGGCUGUCAAUGAUGGCCACGAAAAUGAUGAAGCCGUUUUCGACGAGACAUACUGGACAAAUCUGGAGCACCCGAAGGUCGAGUAUUAUGCAAAAUCGAAGACCUUGGCGGAACGGGCAGCCUGGGAAUUCUGGCAGAAUCUGGAUGAUGUGGAGAAUGGAAGCUGUACGAUCAUCGGUCGUAUGAUGAACGUCAAGACUUACUUGGCUUCUCCCAAAGCUUGCCUGGGAUUGGUGGAUGUUCGUGACGUCGCCAAGGCCCACAUAUUGGCAAUGACUAAUGAGGCUUCUAACGGUGAGCGAAUCCUGGUGCACGCCGACUCCGGCUGGUUCGCUGACAUUGCCAAGUGGCUGUUCAAAGAGUUCAGAAAGCAAGGUUAUCCGAUCACCUUCAUCACUGCUCCAAACUGGGUGUUGAAGCUGUACGCCAAGCUUGGAAUUGACCCGAUUGUUGAGGCCGUGCUACCCAGGGUUGGGCCGGAAUUGAGAUUUGACAACACGAAGUCGAAACAACUGCUCAACAUCUCCUACAUGGAUGUGCGGCAAUCGGUGAUCGACAUGAUCUACUCCAUGAUUGAGCACGACAUGAUCAAGUCGACCAAGAAAUACCGGAAACACCAGCAAAAGCACCACUUCAACAAGUCCAAGGUUGAACCGGUCGGCAUGCUGCAU